AUGGUGCGUCGAUUGAGAAAAACGAAGAAAAACCAAAAGUACGAUUUCUCUAGGAACAGAAAACGGUUAUCACAGAAGGAUCGUCGCAAUGGGACAAUAAAAAAUUCGGAAAUUCGAGCGGCUUAUGAUCCGAAGAAAAAUCCGUCUAAAAAUAUUAGCGACAUGGGCUUGGUCUACGACGUGAACCGCGCCAUUUCCAUUCCAAAUGUGAAACAUCAAAUAAAAGCCAUGGAAAAGGAGCUAGCAGGCAAGAAGACGAAGCACGGUGCCCGUUCACGACGUCCGGCAUCGAAACAGUACGUCGCCGAACAGCUUGAACGGGACGCAAACGAAUUUGCCGGAACUCGGUUUCAGUUGCCACGCUCGCAGGUCCAACAAAUAACGACCAUGAUUGAUCGGUACGGAUUUAACUAUCAAGCGAUGGUUCGUGACAGACGUAACUACGAACAGGAAACGUGGAGACAAUUUCGCACCAAAAUUCAGAAAUUUCUACGCAUUCCGGAUCAGUGCACACCAUACCUUGAGAAAAAGGGCUGGCUCGAGUGUGACAUGAACGACCCCGAAGAUCCUCGGUGGAAGGAGUUCUGUACGGAUGACGAAUCGUAGACUAGCACAUUAUCAUGAGCCACAGUUCUAAAUAAUUUCGGUUUAAAAUAUUGCUUAAGAAACUUCAUUCAAAUAAAAACUC